AUGAAACCAAUCCUUGCAUUGUUUGCAUUGAUUCUUUCCCUUAUGAGUCUCUUGUUCAUCGCUAAUUUCGUACAAGCUCAACAAUGCAAGAACCGUAAUCCAUUCACUAAUUCAUCUGCAUGCAGUUCUUGCACUUUCUGCACCGCCACUGCAUCUUCAUCAUGUUGUUCUGCUGUGGAUGACAACCUUGCCUCUGCUUCUGCUAAUGCUGCCAAGUUGAUUUCCACACAAUGUUAUGAUCAAGUGAGAAUGAGUGCUUGUGCCAUUUGUGAUCCAAAGAAUCAACAAUAUGUGGUGAAUGGAACAUUGGUGGUGUGUAAGAGUGCUUGUCAAAGAUUGGCAAGUGCUUGUGGAGGUGCAACCAGUGCUUGUGAUUCAAUGCCAACCACUGAUUGUUGGAGUGGUGCAUUCUCUGUAAUUCCAAAGAUGGAAAUGUUGGUGGCCAUGAUGAUGAUGAGCAUUGGUGUGUUGAUGAUGAUGUUUUAA